CGCCUCCUUGUACGUUGCAGUCGUUCGUACACGGCUUUAUCAGUUUACGACGUAAGCCGAGUUUUGUACGUGACGCAGAACGCGUUGUCCUCAUGCUUCCCGCUGCUGCGGUGUAUUAUUUCCCGUGGGAAGUCAAGUCUGGAGCGUUUCACGAUGGAGAGUCUGUGCGAACAUUUGGCAGACUCACCUGCUAUGAGCCGGAGAAGUCCCAGGCUUCACUCACAACUCAUCAUGCUUCCAAAGACCACCAUGUAGUCAUCCACACCUCCUUUGUGGAACCAUUUAAUCCCAUAAUUGGAGCCCAGUAUGUAGUUCUGGGUGAACUACAAACAGCCGAAGGGGUUGACACGAGGGUCUGUGCACGUGUGCUUAACUGCGUGGAUGGUGUAAACAUUGUCCUCCUGCAAAAAGCCAUCAAUGAGCAGAGGAGCUUCUUCAGGGAAAGGCAGCGCCAACUGGAGGGUGCUGCUGUGGAACAUGCAGCUGCGACUUGAUCUUGGACAUGCUCGUGGAUUGCUGACAAUGUUGACAUUUAAAUUAAACGACCGCGAAUACGAACUUGCUUGGUCGGUGAUGACUUCAUUGAUAUUCUGAAUUCCUGUCCACAAUACAGUGCAGGUCAUUUAACUCAAAGAAAAGAGUGCCUUUCGUUACAGUUUGCCGCUGUGCGUUUCCUGUUUAGAGAAAGCUGCUGUAGCUUCGAUUUUUAGAGAGAGAAGCAUUUACAAUACACUAAUUGUCAUGUCUAUUUUCAUGAAUGAAAGAGAAAAAAAAAACAUGCCGCUCCAUCAGGACUUUGCUUUUACUUUUCUUAGCUCAAACUCUUCAUGGUUUUUCUGCAAAGUCUUUUGUUACAGCAUGGAUAGAAAAGCAAUGAUGUGGCCAAGAUGCCAUGGCAUUACUUUCAAGCACUGACUACGCUUGCUCUUUCUGAUCUAACUUGAAUAAUUUUUUAUUUAAAGCCUGGAGAACUUUUUGCUUUAUCUAUAUUUGUGUUUUAUUUGAAAGACUGCACAACAUAUAUUAUAAUUUAAAUUUAUUGAUGUGUUUUUUCAUCAAGUAUCAAACAAGACUCAGUUAAACGUGAACAGUGUCAAGCAUAGCCCGCAAGUAUUCAUCUUGGUAAAUAGCAUUGCACCAUGUCCCAGUAAUCCACAGUAACAUUAUCAGGUAGAUAUUUAAUUUGCAAUUUUCUUUUAAUUAAAUCAUAGCUUCUGCCAUGUUUGGUAAACAAAGGUGACUUGGCAGCAAUAUUUUUGCUUUUACAGAAAACUUGCCUGAGUCAAAAAGCCACAUUGUAUGCACUGUUUAUGUUCGUACAACAUGACCCCAAAUGUAUUGGCACAUUUUUUCAUCCAUUACUUCACAAAGCAGAUAUAACUCUAAGCUGUAAACACAUUUAGAAUCUUGCAUAUCUGUUGUAUGCUGGGGUGUAACCAGACUCUUUGGAGGAGGCCGGAAGCAUUAGAAGGCCAGAGAUGGGGUCUCUCUUACAGCGAUCCAAGGCUUGUUUGUAGUUGAUCUUCUGCUUGGUGAGGGGGUCGGUGAGAUCUUUCUUGUAAUUGGAUUCAGUUUGAAUCUCUCUCAUCAUGGUGCUGUUGAGCAUUUUGGAUCCAAUAGCAUUAGGGAUGCUGAUUCUUCUGCUGGUGUUUGGAUCAACUAGCCCUCCUGUCAGGUGCUGCGCUUCCAUGUACCAAGUGGCACUUUCCUUUGGUAUCCAACCUUUCUGGAUGGCUUCUCCCACAGACAAACGCUCUUUGGUGACAGGGUCUUCCACACCAGUGUAGGCCUUUUGAGCGUUAAGGAGUCUCUGCAGCUGACUCUCAUCAAUGAGGCCUCUGGAAGCUGCCUUGUUAACCGAGUGUCUUUCUUUGGUGGUGAUAUCAAUGAUGCCACCAGUUGCUGCCUGGGCCUCCAGAAGCUUUUGGGCUGUAGUGGUGUCGAUAAGUUUACGCAUGGCAGCGUUGCGUAUAGUGAAGCAGGUGUCUGUGUGUGUGUCCAUGAUCCCAGCAAUUGGAUACGUUUGUGUCGCAGCAUAGUCAAUUGGGGCUGACCUCACUGAUGUGUUGGUCCUUGACACAAAUGAGUUGAACUGGGAUUUUGGCUUGCUUUCACCAGCAACCAACAAGGAAAACUCUGAGAUGUGUAGUUUGCCUUGUUUGUACUUAUCCAAAUCAAACUGUGUCAGUCUGCCUUCCUUCAGGGCAUCAUUAAUGGAGUACUCAUUGCCACUCUUGCGAUCCUGCAGUACAGAUAUUUCGCCAUCGGGUCCCACAGAGGUAAUCUCCUCCCAGUCACACUCAAGCUCCUGCAGAUGAAUGUACUGUUGACGAUCAAUCAGACGCUGCAGGUAGGCAUCAUAAGGAGACAUGUCUUUGCCUGUAUCUGGAUCCAGAAUGGUGAUUUUGGUGGACACGUUGGUCUCUUUGGUCCUUGUUUCAGUAUGUUCCUCUUUCUGCAGACUCACCAGGAGGUCGCGAAUGGUGCUGUCACGCACUUGGAUCCUGUCUUUUUCAUUUAGGAUUUCCAUCUCAAGUUGCUGGAUGCCAGAACCCAUCUUCAUACUUCUGUUCCUGCUCAUCUGUGUUCUUUCGCUCAUGAGUCUACUCUGCUGCUCGAAAGACAAGUUGAUGUCGUGUUUCUUUGCCUCCAGUGUCCUGAGCUCACGAGUCAGAUUGUCUUUCUCUCUCAAUAAGGCAUCUCUGUUCAGAGUUAGGCUGGUUUCUUCUCUUGAGCUGCUAGACUUGGAAGUCAUCACAUGGCUUGUUUUAGCACUGAGGCGUUUGAUUUGAUCCUCAAUGUCCUGCCUUGCAAAUUUUUGCUUAGAAACCUGUUCCCUCAGGCGAUCCCUCUCCGCUUCCACAACCUGGUCUUUUUCAACACGGACAACUUCUUUGUACACUUUCUUCUCAACAGACUUUUCUUUCUGGAGGACCUCAAGCCUCAGAGUGAUGUUACGGAUGUCUCUCUGGAGACGCAAGAUAUCGCUGGUUUCCUUAUCCAUAUCUCCUCGCAGAGCAGUUGUCAACCUUUCUAGUUUUGGGUCCCUCUCCACUUUUAGUACCUCUUCAACAACAAUAUUUUCUGAAACGGCAGGGGGCGCACGUUCCAGUUGGUGGAUACGCAAUCUGAGUUCCUUGAGUUCUGACUCUGCUAUCAUCCUCUUUUGAUGUUCAUCACUUGCUCUGAGGAGCCUCUCCUUCUCUUCCACCUUUGUUCUUAGUUGCUGUAACUCUAAAUCGAUCUGACGUCGAGUCAUCACUUCUUCAUCCAGGGUCGUACUCAGUUUCUCAUGCUCAAGCACUUGCCGCGGGUCCUUCUGUAAACGCACAACCUCGUGCACAACCACUUUCUCCUCAGGUUUUUGUCUUUCCAACAAGAUAUAUUUGUUUUUCAGGUCAAACACCAACUCCUCAAUUGAACGACGCCUUUGCGCCUCGUCCCUCAACUCUCUUCUCAGACGUUCAGCUUCUUUCUCUAAGAGAGGAUCCAAUUCAUACUUAAUUACAUCUCUGGUGAGGAUUCUGGUCUCGACCUUGGACUUUUCAGCCUUCCAGCCAUCUCUCUCUUUCUUGAGUGUCCUCACCUGAUCUUGGAGAAAGUUGUAACUGUUGUGGAUUAUGUUAAUUUGCUCAUUUAACCUUUGAAUCUCUCUCUCAUUUUCAGGGCUUCUUUCUUCCUUCACCACCUCUUGAAGAACUUCCUUCAUUUCUACCUUGGGCUUCUGUGAUCGAAGAAAAUUCACCUCUGAUCCUACCUUAGUGAUAUCCCUAUCAAUGACAGUGCGCUGCACAUUGGAGUCUUGUAUAUCUCUCCUGAGGCGUAAAAUUUCUACCUCUGUAUUUGGAUCAAUUCGGUAAAUCUCAUUAACAAUUUCCUUCACCUCAACUUUUGGUUUUAGAGCUUGAACUUCCCUGUAGCGACUAUGGAGGUUCAACACCUCUUUGGACAAGGAGUUGUUUUCGAGCAUCUCACUCUCCACAGAUGUUCGAAUCCUCUUUGAUUCUGUGAUGAGUUCGGGGUCUUGUUCAACCUUUUUAACUUCCUUUGUGAUGAUCUUGGGCUGAAUGUUUGGAAUCAGUCUUUCAAGGGCAUUAAUCUGGCUUCUAAUUUGGAAUAUUUCAUCAUUUAUGAGCUUAACCCUGCUUGUCUCCUCAGAAAUUUCCGUCUCAAAUUUCCGCAAGGAUCUCAACAUCUCUGGGUCUUUUUCUACUUGCACCACUUCCUUCUUAACCACCCUCUCUUUGAUGAGUGGUUUCUUCUGUUGGAGAAUCUCAAACUCCGUCUUCAUCUGCAUGUGCUCAGAGUCUCUCAGUCGGAUGUUAUCUCUCAUUCUUGAUAUUUCAUCUCUCAGCUUAGAAGCAUCUAUAUCUAACUGAGGGUCUUUCUCAAACUCUGUCACUUCUCUUGACAACAGUUUUGGCGCGACAUUUUUUAGGUUGUCCUCAGAGAGGGCAAAUUUCUUGUUAUAAAUCUCAACCUCACUGUGGAUGGUAGUUCUUCUCCGCAUCUCUUCAUGCAGUGUCUUCUGAAGUUCUGUUAAGUCAACCUCCAGUUUUGGUUCACGGUAGUACUGAAGCACUUCCUUUUCCUCAACACGUUCUACUCCUUUGCGAUUCCUCAGUGACAUCAGCCUAUCUCGAAAUGCUUUUAGAUUAGUCUCAACAUGAAGUGUCCUCUCCCUCUCUUCCUCGAGCUCUCUGGACAAACU